CCAUCACUGAAGUCGCCUGCACAGAUUUAUUUUAAAAAAAACUUUACAUAUGCAGCUUUUCGAUUCCGGCGAUUUAUGUUGCAUCAGCCAAAACAGUUCCAUAAAUCAGUCUCCGCAGGCUGAUCGAGCUUGAUGUCAAAUCCAGUCUAAAUGCUCAUAAACGGUUAACAAGGGAAACACAGGAUGGAUGGCUACUUAGAUCAGCAAGUGCCUUACACAUUUUCAAAUAAAGUGCACGACGCUGGGAGCUUCGGGCGGGCAGUGAUUGCCAGAAAGAAAAGAUAUAUUCCCAAAGAACUAACUCAGGAUUCAGAAGAUCUCUUCCAGGAUUUAAGCCAACUUCAAGAAACUUGGCUUGCAGAAGCUCAGGUGCCAGACAGCGAUGAGCAGUUUGUGCCAGAUUAUCAUUGUGAAAGCUUGGCUUUUCACAGUCCCACACUGAAGAUUAAAAAGGAGCCACAGAGUCCCAUUUCCAACCCGAACUUGUCCUGCCGCCACAAGCAAUCAUUCCAGUACAACAAUGGGGAACAGUGCCUUUAUGCCAGUGCCUAUGAGAAAAAGCCGCAUGUUGGUCUCAACUCCCCACCUCCAGGGACCCCUUCAAAUACUCCGUUACAACAAGCCUGCAAUAAGUCCACGGUGAAUCCCAGACGGGAUCACAGCUUUGUGAACCUCCAUACACCCACACAGUCCAUAGCCAAUGGCCGAUUCCCAAUGGAGCACAGCUCACAGUUUCAACAACAGCCUUUGGAGCUCUGUCAUCGCUUCCCUUCCUCCCAGGGCAUGAACAGGGAAGCACCUUUGGCAUAUCAGCGGCAAAUGUCUGAGCCCUGUGUUCCAUACCCACAGCAAAGUUACAAGCAGGAGUAUCACGACCCAAUGUACGAGCAGGGAAACCCAAUCAGCAGUGGCAGCAUGCAUCGUUUCUCACACUCCAUGAUUAUCAAGCAGGAACCUCCAGAUUAUGCAUAUGACCCCGAUAUUCCUGGCUGUCCUUCUAUGUACAUGCCUGGUGAAGGUUAUGCAAAUCAGUCCAGCAACCUGGAAGGCUUUUCAUAUGAGAAACAGCUGAGACCUUACAGUGACGAUGCAUCUGUGGUUCCUGACAAACUUGAAGGUGACAUCAAGCAGGAGAUCAGUACAUAUCGUGACGGCCCUUUAUAUCAGCGUCGGGGCUCCCUCCAGCUGUGGCAGUUCCUGGUUGCACUCCUGGAUGACCCAUCCAACUCUAACUUUAUUGCUUGGACGGGUCGAGGGAUGGAAUUCAAACUGGUUGAACCAGAAGAGGUGGCAAGACUGUGGGGAAUGCAAAAGAACCGACCAGCCAUGAACUAUGAUAAACUUAGCCGUUCACUUCGCUACUAUUAUGAGAAGGGGAUCAUGCAAAAGGUGGCUGGCGAGCGAUAUGUGUAUAAGUUCGUGUGCGAACCUGAAGCGCUCUUCUCUUUGGCAUUCCCUGACAAUCAGCGGCCACUGCUGAAGUCUGAAUUCGAUCGGCACGUGAAUGAAGAAGACACUGUACCCCUGUCUCAUCUGGACGAGAACACCGCCUACAUGCCAGAUGCAGGCUGCAUCAAUUCACAGCACUAUAACAAAGGAUACAUGUAUUGAUCAACAACAAGGCGAAUGUUGGGUUUUUAAUCUCUCUAAUUGCACUGCAACAACUAUUAGAAACUGGUAGAAAUUAUGUUAGAAUCUGUUGCUUUAAACAUACGAAUAUCAAAUAACUGGGGAUAUAAAGUCAUUGUGUAUAUGAUUUUUAGAGGAUUGGUUUGUCUAUUUCUUUUCUUGCAUAUGUCUCACCCAAUACAUAUACACAUUGUGCAAGGCUCUUUUGUAGUUUAAGGCAGGGCUUUUUAAAAAAAAUCUCAUUAUUCCCCAAUAAGCAUCAAAUUGAUCAAGCCCCAACAUGUAUUUUAUUUGUUCUCAAUUUUUUAUUGAAAACUGCUAUUUUGUGCUUUUUUUUAAUUGAGUUUCAUUACAAGAGUUUUGUUGUAAAAUCUACCAGAACAUUUUCAGAAAUUUACCCAACAUUCAAAGGCUCAUGUCUGCUGAAUGAACAGAUAUUCCUUGUUUUCUGACUUUAGUCUGUUUCUCUCCCCCUCUACAGUUGGGACAUCUUUGCUUUCUUGCCUCUUUAACUUCUAAGUUUUGUGUUUAAUCAGCAUUGGUUAACGCCAUUUGAGGUCUCCUACUGUAGACUGUGUUUCUGUUUAGCAGAGUAAGACAGUUAUUGCAGUAAACAAAAAAUCGUAAAAAUUGUAAUUUGGAUAUGAAUUAAGCAAAGUAGAAAAUCACCACAUGAGUAAAAUGAAAAUUAAAUAAUCUGAAUUAAGCAAAAUUGAAUAGAGGAGUAAUGGCAAAGAAAUCCAGAAAAAUUGGAAGUGAAAUUGCAAAACCCAAUAUUUACUUGUAAAACAAGCAUGAUAUUUUGUUCCACAACACACUAAAGCAUAAAAUGCAUUAAAUCACUUCCUUUCAGAUACAAUUCCAUAUUCAAACCUAAUCUUGAAUCGAGUCCAUGCUCUGACUAAUCAGCUGACUGGUGGUUAGUUUGCUUCACUGCAGACGGAAAAGGUGAAUCGAAUCUUUGUCAUGAAAACACCUUUUUAAAGUGGGGGAGAAGAGUUCUCUUUGAAAUGGGAUAAUCCUGCUUCAGAAUCCAGCAGCGUGCAGUAUAAAUAUCAGGCACUUGUAAUAGCAGUGUACAAUCCACAUCAAAUCUAUGGAGAGGGCAUGGAUUGUAACUUUGUCACUUCUAUUAGGGAUUAUCAUGUAACUGUACAUUUAGACAUUUUAUUAUUACUCAAGUAUGAGUUUGGGAUAUGGAAGUAAAUGAUCCGAGUGACAAAUUACUGAAAGUUACAUUUCAGAUUAAUCGGUUGGGGAAAUAAAUUCUCAUUCCAGGAAUUAGUGGAAUCCAGACAAAAACCUAAACUUUGCUAUCUGUAUUCUGCCUCAACCAUUUCUAAAAUAUCUGCAUUCUGUAUCUAGUUCCCAGUGAGCACAUGCUCGCAACACAAAACCAACAAAACUUUGCACCAGUGAACAGUCUCUGAGAGCUGACUAGAUUAGAAAUGACAACGAUGACAUUUCUCUGUAAUUAGAAUUAGCCCCCAGUUGGAGGUAAUUUUUCUCAAGUAUGCAAUGACCCAGCACUAGAUUUGGAAUAUACCCCUCCCAAUGAAUGCAGGGGAACUGGUGGGAGGAGCAGAUAAUUGAGUGGCAUCAAAGAUAUACCUGUCCCUUUCCUCCCACCAGAGAAAUUACAUUUUGUUCAACCUUCAUGCCUCAGCACUCAAUGAGGGACUUAGGCAAUUAAUCAAUGACCACUCGAGGGUCUCAUCUGGCAUAGGCUGCCAUUACUUAGCUGCAUUUGGAAUGUGAAGGGGUCAGCCUAUCAGAAAGGUAAAUCCCUGUCUGUCAGUUUGUUUGGGAGGGGGUGGUUUGUGCUAAUUUGUGCAAGACCUAGGGUAGGACAUUGUCCUCCAGGAGGAUCUCUCAAGCAGCCCCUAACUUUGAGUGGUGAUCCUGCGUUUGCCUGUCUAGCUGGUGGGCCAAGAUCUCUCGUUCUGGGUUUGUAAUUCAAUGAUUAUCAGUGAGCUUCCCAAUCAGGCAUGCAUUCUAUCCAAGGUCAGCUAUGGACUUCUCUCCAGGAAAAUUGUCCGCUUUUGAGCUUUGUCUGUAAAUGGGAAAAUUCUACCUCGGGUGUUGGAAACAGACAAUGUUUCAUUCCUCUUAAACCCUUUUACCUUGAUCAGCAUUCAAUCCAAUACAUUCCUGGACGUGAUCAUUGCUAUCUUGCCAGCUCAGGUUGUGCUUUUGUUUGGCUUAAACCCAAAUCAGUUUGUCCACCUGCCUGUGCCUGCAGGUUUUGGGAGGUAUUACUCAUUAAAGAGUUUCUCACAGAUUAUUUAUAUCACACUCCCUGUAUCAUAGCCUUGUAUUUCCAGCAUGUGCCCCCAUGGUAGAAAUAAACUAAACAUGAAAUUGAGAAGUACAAAUGGAUCAUUUACAGUACCCCGAUGCAAUUAGUUGAUAUUAGUGUAAGGAACAAAAUUAAGAGGAAUAAAACUCCACCAGUCAUGUAUUAUUAAGUGAAAAUAAGGAAUAAAUGCCUUGCCAGCCAGUUUAGAGUCUGUACCAGGACUUGUUUAAGUCUUUUAUUUACUCACAGGUAUUAAGGCUCAUCAUGUUAAUACGGCGGUGGCAUAAUCUCAGUGAAGUGAUGAUUAAAUUGCAUGUGGAGUACUAGGUGCCUCUGUGGCAGAGGAACAGUAAAAGCUACCUCUCGUGUUGACCAGUUGCUAUACUGAUAUGUAAAAUAUUCAUGAUGUAUUUUAGGUUCACUACUUAAGUCGUAGAAAUGUACUAAUCGCUUUUGGCCUGUCCCGCAAUGACCACAUUAGUUGAAACUAAGCUGGUCAAUUGUUGCUUUUGUCCUGUUUCCUUAAGACACUCAGCUGGUCUGAAGGAAAAAUGGCCUAGUAUGGUCAAACGCUUUUAAGGGUAGUCAUGAGCCAUAACUUUUGCUGAUAUUUGUAGGAAUAAGAACUUUGCAAGGAAGCAUGGUAUUUAUAAUGCAUGGUUAAAAGACUCAUAUUAUCCAACAGAAGUUGCCAUUUUGGACAAGUUCUAAGCAUGUUGCACCUGAAAUAUGCAAGUUUGGGACAAUCAAUAAUUUCAAAAUUUCCUUUAAAAAUACGUUUAUAAAAUUAGUGUAUGAAUCAAUUUUCAUUUGUUUUGAGGUCCAGAUUGAGAUCAUUUACUUUGCUGUCAUCCUGUAAACAGCAAGGUGAGCAAGUAGGUUGCACAUUGCCACUACAAAUGCAAUAUCAUUGUAUUCUGUGCAAUGGGUGUUUUAUUUUACUUUAAGCUUUUAUAAGUUACCGUAAUCUUUGCUGACAGAUGUGUCUGUUAGAUGAUGCUGUCUGGUAGUUUAUCCUGGGUGUGCUGGCUGAAGGUUGAUACCAAGGAGUGGAUGCACAUCACGAAAUUCUUGAACAAAAGAGGAUCAAGUUUAAAACACACAGGUUUCUAACCUUGAUUUUGCUCUCCUACUGAAAGCAUCGAUUGCCUGGGUACAAUUCAAUGAUACUAGACCCAUAUUGGCAUAUCUUCAUGUAUACAUUUAGGCAAUGAGUGUGGGUAGUCCAUUUGAUAUUGAGGUGCAUUACUGUCCAGAAUAGCCAUGUCCAUAUACAGCUCCCUGCUGGUUUGGGUCACUACUCUAGAAUACUGUUGUAAAUGUAGAAAAUAGAACAAGAGUAGGCCAUUCAGCCCAUACAGCAUGCUCUACCGUUCAAUGUGAUCAUAGUUGAUCCUCUAACUCAAUGCCAUAUUCCCAAUUUCUUCCUGUAAAAUCUAAAAGGAAUCUGUAUCUUUCUUAAAUAUUAGUGACUUGGCCUCCACAACGUUCUGUGGUAGAGAAUUCUACAGGUUCACUACCCUUUGAGUGAAGAAAUGUUUCCCAAUCUCAGUCCUAAAUGGUCUACUUGACACUGUGACCACUGGUUCAAUACUCGCCGACCAGGGAAAACAUCCUCCCCACAUCUAGCCACUCCAGCCCUGUUGGAAUUUUAUGUGUUUCAAUCAGAUGCCCUCUCAUCUUUCUAAAUGCAUGUGAGCACAGGCCUGGUAGAACCAAUCUUUCCUUAUAGGACAACCUGCUAUCCCUGGUAUCAGCCUAGUAAACUCCACUCCACCCCUCCUAUGGCAAGUAUAUCCUUUCUUAGGUAGGGAGACCAAAAUGCAAACACUCGACAAACUGAAAUUCAAAGUUUCUAGCAUCUUGUGUUGCCACGGUUCAGUUAUAUUCUGUUUUUGCCAACUCUGGCAUUGGGAAAGCUAUCUCCUGCUUUCUGCACAGCCAGAUAAAUGACAGUACAGAGUAUUAAUGAAAAACAAACCACCGGUAACCUCCAACUGUAGCACUCACAGUGAGUGUGCAGAUGCACCGAAUGAUGUGGUUUCUUCUUCAAUAACUAACUAUUCAAAGCGUCUUUAUCCAGCAUGUAGUGAAUGCUUUAUAUUGAAUCUGACAGUAGAUCCAACAGGGACUUGAGAGAAAUAAGUGGGCAGCACUGGGAUAUAAAACCAAAGUUACCAGGAUCUGGCGGCUGAACACUCAACUCAAUGCUUGGAUCAAAUUUUGUCCAGGGAACACAGUUGUCAAUUGUAAAACUCACAAGCAGCUGAACAGUCGGCCACAUACAACUGAGAAGUCCAUAAAUAGCUAUCAAUUUCUUUUACCCCAAUCCCACCCUUUCCCAAUACCACCCUAGCUGCAUUUAUUGCUGAUGCAGUUUUCAGAAAAUGCCUACGAUGGCUCAGUGGGUCCAUGAUAAAGUAGCUGAGCCACUUGCAUUGGGUUUUUACCCCUGAAUUAUGUUGGAUUAGCUAAUCUCAUCCAGAACAUGUGUAGCAAAGUACACAAACUUCUUCUUCACAGGAUUAAGAAGCAGGGAGAGUGGAGGGAAGAUCCAGAGUUUUCUCCCUCUGCUUGUUAUCCAGUGGUUCUUGCUGGAUAUGCCUGUGCAAGUAUUGGAUGUAUGUCUCCCCUCUACAGUUCAAUAUCUUGCAACUCUUGGUCGAAGCUCACACACACAAAUAAGGACCUGUGGAACAGUGCGUCAGCAAUAAAUCAAUAUACCUUCAGGAAGAGAGAUGAGGAAUUUGGUCAGCAAAAUAACAUUAGUUUAUGUUGAGCAAGAAUCAUUUUUUAGCACUACUUAAGGAAAAUGGCAUCAAUUAUCACAGCAAUCAGUGAUUAUGUAGCAUUGUACAUAUUGCAGAUGUUGAUCUCAAUUGUCACAGUUUGUAUAGUUGUUAUGGGAAAUGGGGCUUUUUUCUAGAAAAAAAUGUCUUUUCAAGGGAAUGAUUGGUGCUGGGGUUGAGAGCUAUCUUUUGGUUUCCGACAUCUAAGCCCUCCUUUUAUUUGCACCCAGGAUCCAACUGCAUUCCAGGAUAGGUUCAAAGCCUCUCUGUUCACUUGUGUACAAAAUGAGCUUCAAUCUUUCUGUCAAUCAGCAGAGUUCACAAGUUAGCAAUUUUACUCACAGGAACUAUUAUGUUAUCCAAAGUGGGCACGAUUAAUAUAGUGGAGUGCAGUGACAGUUACCAUUCCGAGGUUGAAGCUAGUAGGAGCUUGGAACCACAUCUCUCUGUGUAGUAUCCUCAUCCAGAGUGCUCUUAACUGCCAUUUAAGUUCAGGCAGGAAAGUGGCUGUACUUCAGUGCUGUUAUCCCCAUCCCGAUUCAACUAAUCUACAAGGUCUGUUUACAUCAAUUUUCAAUUGAUGUAUUUUAAUGAUAGGAUGAGCCUAAGAUUUACUGUACCAUUGUUAUUUCUUUUAUUGAAUAGCUUGACAAAAUAAAGUGAUCAUGCAUUUGUAAAUAAUGUAAUCUGUUUUUCAAGGAUUUUUGCAUAAAAUAGUUGAAUAAUGAAUUAGCUACGAAUGUCGUAGUUGCAAUUCAUUUGUAAAUGAACAUUAAUCAAUAAAUUGAAACCAUUAUACACUCUGUCA